AUGAUCUCCAUGCAACGCUCCCUCUCCUCGCCAGUCUGCACCCGGUCCUCUGCGCCUGUGUCACCCACCCUCACAAACGCCUCGACAUCUCCCGCUCCCCCCCCCGGCGACCAUGCCGACGUCUCGACUUCUCGCCCUGUCCGAUCCCGGAGCCCUUCUCAUGCCUCUGACGCCACACAGACGCUGCCCCUGCGCCGUGGCCAUGAGCCCCCGCGCCGAGGCCGCCGUCAUCGCCAGAGCCCAACCACUGCCUUUCGGAAGCCUCUUGUCGCACAGCAAAUGUCCUCGGUAGCCAUGAGCGCACGGCAUGAACCCAAGGAUCGCCUCGUCACACCCUCCGUCAUUGCCCACGAUGACCUGUCCCAGCCUCUGCCGACACCCUUAUUGGAGGAUGUCUCCCUCUACACAAACCCCCAUCUAACCCGCGAUAGCCAAGGGACCACCCUUGAGGAGCUUGCCCAUGUCGUGCGCCUGUCCAAGUACCAGGAGCGCAAGCGCGCAAACACCCGUAUCCGCCUGCAGAGGAGCCUGGUUUCAACGGCUCUGAGCGCCCGUCUCACGAGGUGCGGCGAGAUUGCCUACCGGAAUCUGGUGGACAACUUCCGCAAGGACGACAAGGACAGCUUCGCCGUCCUCUUCAAUGCCAUCCAUGACGUGCGAAAGAGCUGCGACGAGCUCCGCCGCUAUGCCCUGCUGGAACCCGAGAUGGAGGCCCUAUCCUGCCCGACCCUGGCUUCCUCUGACAGCCUGGAUACUCCGACGGGCUCCGUGGUGGGUGUUGGACCGCUGAGGCGCAUCACCCCCUUCCUCCACGACAUCUCUGCCUCGGCCCGGGAUACGUUUCUUGGUUUCCUGUGCCAAGUCCGUUCCAACCCCGACUACCUGGCCGUCCGCAUCUGUGCCCUCACGAGCUCCGAGCUCAACGCGCUGCUGAGCUUCCACAAGGGCCUGGAGCCGGUCGAGUCGGUUCUUCCAUACCAUGGACGGUCGGCUACGAGAUCUCACGCAGGCAUCCCCGGCCGCAGCGGCCACAACCCAGACGUGGAGCGCCUAUUGUCCUUCCAGCGCCACGAUCCCUUGUCCAUCCUGAUCCACACAUGCUUUGCUAACUCGGCGGGGCCGGACAGCUCCGAGGAUCAGCAGCGGACGGACAUUUGGUCUACCGUCCUGGCCAGGCUCAUCCAGCAGCCCAAGUCGAGCAGCGAGCAUUUCCUCAUUUCCGUGCUCAACAUUUGGACGGCCAUGCGUGACUGGUCCGGCAAAUCCAAUAUGGAGUGGUACCUGAUGAAGAUCCUGGAAGACGGCGCCUUUCUCCUGGAUCGGGCCGAGGACCAGCACGGCACCCGCUUCAACCUGUCAGAUUGGAACCAGUCCGACGAGGUCGCGGCUAAGGAGUUCUAUAACAAAGCAGUGGACGGCCUGUUCGAGCUGGUGGACGACGAAGACGCGACGGGCAUCCCAGAAGGCCUCCUCGAACUUGGAAAUGCCAUCAUCAGGAAGCUUGACGACAAGUAUGUCGAGAACACUUCAAGAUGGUUUGUCUGGAGGUGCCUCUUCUUUGUCUUUCUCCUUGGAGUCCUUGUCCACCCCGAGUCUCAUGGCAUGCUGGCCGACUACCACAUCACGCCGUAUGCCCGCGAGAAGAUCCUGAAAAAGGUGGCCAUGAAGGCUCACGAAUACGUUUCGAGCAUGUGGAGCGGCAAGCCGUCGGCGACCUGUGUCCCCGUAGAGGUUCCGCCUAAGAUCAAGAGGCAUGUCGAGAGCAUCCUCGCCCGGUUCCAGGGCUCUCGCUCCAAGGUGCCGGCCGCCAAGCUACUGCCCGCCAGGUCCAUUACGUCACUGAGGGAGACCGUGGAAGUACGCCCGUAUCUUGUGGUUAGCCCCGUUGACCUGGUCACCCUGGUCAACGCCCUGUUCCCGGAGAGGAGGCCACUAUCGGCUGGCUCGAGCAUGCGGUCCGGCCAGGCGUCCAUGUCCGGCCUGUCUGCCCUGUCUCAGCCCAUUUCCGUCUCAAACCCCCGGGCCAACUUUGAGACGGCGUCCAUCAUCAGCACCAGCGUCUCUUCCGCCCUUAGCGAGAGCACUACCUCCCGAGAGGCCCUGUCUGAUGACCCCAACACGGCGACUCCCCAGCGUUACUCUCCUCCCUCCGCUGACCCAGAGGCCCAGAGGCGGCUGAGUAAGUAUGAAGACGACGGCUAUCGGUUGAGGCUGGCUAUCCAUGAGCUGAGCCAGAACCUGGGGGCCGAUGCUCUCGGGGGGACCUGCCAUCCCUGCGCUGAGCGAUGGGCGGUGCUCUUCAUUUCGCCAGACGGUCGGAGUCUGUCGACGCACAUGACAUACGAUCGGGAUGACGAGCACGACGAAGAUGAAAACUCGUCGAGCGUAGACACGGACGAUGAGGACGACGUGGAGGGGCCGGAUCUGGACAAGGAUUACCACCAGCUCCGGGACUCCAUCCUCCGGCUUGUUGAGGACUUUGAGAUACCGCGCAAUCUGGAACCCGAGGGCGAACGUGCUCAGCUGAGCAACCGAGCCUCGAGACUCAAAAAGUAUAGGUCUAAGAACAAGAUCAUCACGCCCGAGAAGACCAUGUCGAGUCGCAACCCAUACAGGAAGCAACAGACGAGAGAUACGGCGGACACGUCUUCGGCGCGCGGCCCGCCGCCGAGCACUGCACCGAGCGGGAAAGCGGAAGACCCCGAGCCCGUUCUCAUCACCAUGCUCAAGGCUGCGUCUGCACAGUCCAAGGCCCAGGCCGACUUCGUCUCGUCCCAUGUCUACUGGAAGGCGCUGAAGCACCUAAGCACACUGGAAUCCUCGUCUCUCCGCGACAACGGGUUCGCUGCGCUCAUCAACAUUUUUUCGCGGGGGCCCCGCGACUCCAUUCGCCGGUCGGCGUCGGCCAUCGAAGAGUACGAUGCGUGGCUGGUCUGGCUCAAGCAGAGCCAGGAGCGUCACGAAGGGCUCAUUGACCGCAUGAUGAGGCGGGUGAGGGCCAUGCGCGACAAGAUGUGGUACGUGACCGACGUUCGCAACUCAAAGGAGUACGCGCACAGCCGCGACAUUUGCCAGGCUCUCAAGACGAUGGGGAUGCCGCGCCGAUGGAGUUCUUUCCAGCGGUCUCGAGCGAACACGACGCGUGGUCCCGGCGCGUCGUAUCUGUACCGCACCGAGUCGCAGAUUAUGGAUCUCUUGGCCGCCUCGGAAGAGCAAGGGGGGCCCAACAAGCUCAGCGAUGACCAGGCGGAGAAGACGUCGCUGUGGCUUCAACAGUACUGCAUCGAGAACUUUUGCCAGGGUGAGGAGAGGAUACACCGGUUCUGCUGCGAGGUCGACCGGUGCAUCUCGCAGUUGAUUGGCGAGACAAUCCGAGAGGCCCCCGUCCUCUGGUCAGGCGAGCUCUACAAGCGGGAUAAGAUCAUGUAUGAUCGAAUGAGGGCCCGCGAACGGGAGUCAUCGGCGAACAUGGACGACGGCGCCAGCAUCCUGAGCGACAGCGAACGGCGCCUGACCCCUUCAUCCAGUCGACCGAGCUCGUUUGUUCGCGACAUGAGGGCGAUGAACGGCCACGGCGCGGUCCAACACGGCUCGGAUUCGGCGCGGUUCGGUCAUCACAGGGCCAACGCCGGCCUCUCCGACAUCUUCGACGGCCAGGAGUACGUCGAAAAGACGUCGCCCAUUCACACAAUCGACUCUGCCAGUACCUUUUGGUCGCCGUUUCAGCCCGCCAUGUCCCCCAGGUCCGCCGCUUCCAGGGCAUACUCGCCGACGACGAGCCUCACAAACUUGUCGACGACCUUUUCCGGCCCGAACCACCACGCACACGCGCAUUCGGCCUCGAGCCUGUCGGUUGGCCGCCCAGGCACAGCUGCAUCGUCCAACGAGACAGUCAACCCGCCGCGGGCCGAAGACGAGAAGACGCGAUUUCUCGACGACCUGAAGCAGUCUCUUACCAGCCUGCUGCUGUCGGAUUUGGGAAAUAUGGUGUUGGGUCGCGGGUCGGAAACGGAUCAGUGGUUUCGGAACCUGGGUCAGCAGUGCAUCGAGAGAAAGGAAGCGCUGGAUCGCCGAGCCCGCAGGCGAUCGGAAAGGAGAGACAAGGAAAAGCACUGCAGGAGCUCCACCAGGCCCAGGAUCAUUGAGAAGAAGAAAAGCUGCGGCAACCUGCGAGGGGCGGGCGACUGCGUGUGCGAGCGGACACCAGAGACGGCGGAAUGCACGCCCAUGACUGCCGAGCUCGACGGGUCCGUGUCGCGCGGGGCCGACGGCCACGGUCGUUCGGCUGCCAAGGAGAGCAGCCCGAGUUUUCCGUUCAAGAAGGCAUAUCAGCGGCUCCUCAACAUGUUUUGCGUCCAUCCAAACCCCUAUGCGAAGCUCAACGCCCUCAUCGAGCUGGAGCACCUGAUUGUGGCGUCGUUGCUGUCGAGCGGGUCGAAGAGGUUGCGAGCGAACCGAUCGGACGCCGGGUCCAGCGUGGUUGAGGAGCAGGGGCCGGGCAGUCGUCUGACGCAGCUGGAGGAGACGAUUGACAGCGUCAAGGAACGGCGAUCGCAAGCGCUGCAGUCGGCCGCGCCGAUGGCUGGCUUCGCGCAUCCGUCCCGAAAGGGGAGCGCCGAAACGCGUUCCAUCAUGUCUGGCAGCGCAACAAACACGGAUGCCAUCACGAGAGAGCUGCAGACGCUGUUCCGAGACGCAUCGAUCCGGCCCAAGUCGCUGUUCCGCGACCUGCAGCUGAUUGCGUCGUUUGUUCCGCCGUCGGUGCUCGACAAGCCCGACAAGGGCAAGGCGUUUUGGAACGCGGGUCUCGCGGCUCUCAAGCUCAAGUCGGAGGUGUGCCGGACCAUGGUGGAGAUGGCGGACGAGGUGAUUGCGGCGCACACGCGCGCCCGCCAGUCUCCCAGCGAGGGCAACACGGCGGCAGAGGCGGUACCCUCGGCGACGGGUUCUCCACCGCCAGUGGCCAUGACGUACAAGCUCGACGACGCGGGCAAGAUGUGGGCGAUUACGGCCAAGGAAGGCUACCCCACGGCGCAGCGCGAACUGGCGCUCUUCUACCUGUCAAACCCGGAGUUCGUGGAGCGGACGACGCUUCCGCUGUCGAAGCCGCGCGAGGUGUUCAAGCAGACGGUCAUGGAGCGAUACGGACGGAUAGGGGCCAUGGGCGGCGGCGGAGACGGGCAGGGCGCCGGCUGCAAGAAGGAAGGCGACGUGCGAAACGACGCGGGACUCAUGUGCGUUGCGGUGCACUGGAUGGAGGCGGCGGAGCAGGGGGAGGACGAGCUGGCGACGAGCUUUUUGCGGCAGAACGAGUUUAUGGGGCUGGCUUGA